GUGAAAAAACAAUAAAAACAAAGAGUCGGUAAAAAAAUAAAUACGAAAAGUUAAUCUCGUUUAUUUGGGUUAAUAUUAAUAAAAUUUUUCAACUGCUAACGGUUAUCAAGUUUUUAGGUACAUGCACUAUAAUAUAAUUGUGCUAAAAGAAAUAUUGUGUUAGAAAUGCAGCGAUUUUCGAAGGGAUUCUCUCAUGUGAAACAGUUUGUACAAACUGGGAAGUUGUUACACACAACUAUUGCCAAGUAUGACGCACAAAAUACAGAAAAAACAAUUAAUCAAGUAACAUUGUUGGGAAGAGUAGGAGCUGAUCCCCAAAAACGAGGCUCUGAAGAACACCCAGUCAUAAAUUUUCCACUUGCAACUCACUUCAGUUACAAAUAUGAGUCUGGUGAUAUGCUUCAGAGAACAGACUGGCACAGAGUCAGUGUCUUCCGACCAGGUCUACGCGACACUGUCUAUAAGUAUCUUAAAAAAGGUCAACGGGUGUAUGUCACUGGCAAGCUGUCUUAUGGUGAAAUCAAAUUAGAUGAUGGACAGGUUAGGACAGCAUCUACUGUGAUAGCAGAUGAUAUUAUUUUCUUUCAAAGUCAACCACCAAAUGCAUAGAUAGGUAGGUAUUUGAUUAAUUGUUAUUAUGUAUAAAACAGAAUACAGAAAUGUGUAUUAAUGCUUAAGAACAACUUUUGGGAUGCAUUUAAGUGUUGGAAUACAUUUUAGUAUUUGGCAGAUAGGUAGGUCUCUUAAGAUAUAUCUUAAAAAUAAGCUUGUAGUUUGCUAGGUAUUUUAUAUGAUAAAAUAUAUCUGUUUCAAGUCAUUAUU